UUAAGUCACCAAAUGAGAGGAAUUAUGAGCUAUAUAUGGCCAAGAGGAUUCGAGCAAUUUCAGCUAAGGUUGGACAUGAUCCCGGUGAAAGGAUUACAGUUCCAUUCAGUCUUGAGGCUGCAAAUCGUAUCAAGAUCAAGCUGGGUUCUUCCAGUUAUCUUAAAAAGCAGAUCAUUUACAUGCUUCUUGAGCAGCAGAGGGGGUCUGAUCAAUUUGCCAAUAUGUGGAGCUAUCUAGUAAUGAUCCUAUCUUGGAACGAGAUGCAUAACAUCAAUUUCUGCUACGAAAUGUUCGUUAGGACAAGGUCUCCUGUGCUGACAGAUUAUAGGGUGGCUGCUGACGCUGGGCAUCUCUAUAAUGCUUUAUGCAAGAUAUCUAAAUUUGCUUAUCCUCAGUUCUUUAAAUAUCUUGCUCCUUUAGUGGACUUGCAUGUCCUGAAUAGGAGCCUAUUUCCUACUCUCUUUACUGCAGCUGCUAUGCUUAAGCUUGAUGAACAAGGGUACAAUUCAGUUCGGAACUUUCUAACUGCUGGUAAUCCUAAUGCCCAUGAGACUGCUCUAGCUUUAGUUGAGCUUCAUAAGAGUGCUAUGCGUGAAAACCAACGAAAUGUGGCGAAUAGGGUCCAAGUUGAACAGCUAUAUCUUGCUGGAGCCCGACCCAGAUGUCGUAAGAAUUAGCCGACUUAGAAGAUGGAUGGUGACGCCCGUAUUGCCUUGUUCACCCGGCGCUAGAAAAAAGUCUAACGCACAGCCAUUGGAGAUUGACGGAUGCGGAGCGUGGUGGUUUGUUAUGGUCCAUUGCAAGGUCCACAUCGAUAUUGCAAUAUGCUGAUGUGGGGUUUAUAUAGCCUGGGGCUCUCACACCUUAAUAACUAGCUUAUGGGGUGUAGUUCUCCCGGGAUUGUUUCAAAAACGAUCUUCUCGUCAUAACUCACAAAUGUGUUUGACGACUUUUCAUAUGUUGAAAACUGAGAUAUCGAAGCUUGCUGCUAUCACACUCAUUUGGAUAAUACCUAUUCUUAU